UCAAUUUCCUCCCGCUUAAGAUAAGUUCAAAAAGGGCAUUCAAAUCAUAACCUCCAUAACGAACUCUCCACUUUCUACGAAUUCGCUUAAAAAACCUUCAAAUUUCUCACAUCUCGCAUCUUCUCCUUCUCGUCACGCACAUAACACACACACACACACAUUUGCACAGGAUUAAUUAAGCACACAAGAGGAAAAAUGGCAGCAACAGCAAAAGCAGCAGCAGAGCCAGGACGAUCGACUUCGGCGUACAGCGAAGUCCAAAGCAACCGUCUCACUGUAUCGCUUCCUCUCCCUUCUGUCCUCAAAAAUCCCUUCUCUGUCGUUGAUGGUCCCCCUAGUUCUGCCGCUGGAAAUCCAGGUGAAAUUGGGAAGCUUUUCCCAAAUCUGUUUGGGCAGCCUUCCGUGUCGUUACUACCAGGUCACACAUCAGGAGCUGCAUUGAAUCAUAAUCUUAAAAUUGGGGUUGUUUUGUCUGGAGGACAAGCACCUGGUGGCCACAAUGUCAUCUCUGGAAUUUUUGACUAUUUGCAGGAGAAAACGAAAGGCAGCACACUCUAUGGAUUUAGGGGAGGUCCAGCAGGGAUAAUGAACUGUAAAUAUGUAGAGUUGACAACGGAUUUUGUUUAUCCUUACAGAAAUCAAGGUGGUUUUGAUAUGAUCGCUAGUGGUAGAGACAAGAUAGAAACUGAUGAACAGUUCAAACAAGCUGCAGAAACAGCUAAGAAACUUGACUUAGAUGGGAUAGUUGUGAUUGGGGGAGAUGAUUCAAACACGAAUGCUUGUCUUCUGGCUGAGAACUUCAGGGGUAAAGGUUUGAAAACUCGGGUAAUUGGAUGCCCAAAGACAAUUGAUGGUGAUUUGAAAUGCAAAGAAGUUCCUACUAGUUUCGGAUUUGAUACUGCUUGCAAGAUAUAUGCAGAAAUGAUUGGAAAUGUCAUGAUAGACGCGCGUUCAACAGGAAAAUACUAUCACUUUGUAAGGCUUAUGGGUCGUGCUGCAUCGCACAUCACAUUGGAGUGUGCUCUACAGACGCAUCCGAACAUUACCAUCAUUGGCGAAGAGGUCGCAGCUCAGAAGCAAACACUUAAAAGUGUGACAGAUUAUAUCGUAGGAAUAAUCUGCAAACGUGCAAAACUUGGCUAUAAUUAUGGGGUUAUACUAAUACCCGAAGGCUUGAUUGACUUCAUCCCAGAGGUGCAACAGUUGAUAGCAGAGCUCAAUGAAAUACUGGCUAAUGAUGUUAUUGAUGAAGCAGGCAAUUGGAAAAAGAAGCUCAGAAGCCAGUCUCAUGAGCUCUUCGAAUUCCUACCACAAGCAAUUCAGGAGCAGUUACUUCUUGAAAGAGAUCCACAUGGAAAUGUCCAGGUUGCCAAAAUAGAAACCGAGAAAAUGCUUAUUCAAAUGGUGGAAGCUGAACUGGAGAACAAGAGGAAGGAAGGUUCAUAUACCAAACAUUUUAAAGGGCAGUCUCAUUUUUUCGGUUAUGAGGGCAGAUGUGGUUUGCCUUCCAAUUUUGACUCAAACUAUUGCUAUGCAUUGGGUUAUGGGGCUGGAGCACUUCUUCAUUCAGGGAAAACAGGCUUGAUUUCCUCUGUGGGGAAUUUGGGAGCUCCAGUUGAAGAUUGGACCGUCGGUGGAACAGCACUAACAUCAUUAAUGGAUGUGGAAAGGAGACAUGGUAAGUUCAAGCCUGUGAUUAAGAAGGCAAUGGUGGAAUUAGAAGGUGCUCCUUUCAAAAAAUUUGCUUCCUUGCGAGAAGAGUGGGCUCUAAAGAAUCGAUACUUUAGCCCUGGUCCACUUCAAUUUGUCGGCCCAACAUCAAAUGAAAUCAAUCACACUUUAAUGCUGGAGUUGGGAGCCAAAGCUUAAGUCAUUCCCAAAUCUGAGCUCGAGCUUUCUGUUCCUUGGAUAUCUUCGUUAAAACACAUUCAUCCCAUAUAGGAGAUGGACUCAGAAUGGCAAUUGCAAACAAAUUGCUUACUAUCAGCACAUGCUGGUCAUCUCCUGGGGAAUUAUUCUUAUUUUUCACGGGAAAAAAAUUUACCACAUUGUUCAUCAUUAUCUUUUGAGCAAAUUGUUUUAGUCCUGCUGUAGAUUUUGUCUCUAUACUAGCAGCUAGCACAUUUUUGAAGCUAAGGUUAAAAAGGAUGAUCUUCUCUUAAGGUUAAUUCCUUAUUAAUCUUGCCAUUGGAAAUUUGUGUUCCCUGAAGAACCGGCAGCCAAAGUGUACACUUCUAGCUUAAAUUGCUAGUAUUCUCUUCAUUUCAAAAGAAUAACACUAGUUACUGUUACUACCAAAGGA